UGAGAACCACCACGAGAAGCUGAGUGUUUUCUGUUGGACCUGUAAGAAAUGCAUCUGUCACCAGUGUGCUCUGUGGGGAGGCAUGCACGGCGGCCACACCUUCAAGCCUCUGGUGGAGAUCUACGAGCAGCAUGUGACCAAAGUGAAGGAGGAGGUGGCCAAGCUCCGCCGCCGCCUCAUGGAGCUCAUCAGCCUCGUGCAGGAAGUGGAGAGGAACGUGGAGGCUGUGAGGGGAGCGAAGGACGAGAGAGUCAGAGAGAUCCGAAACACCGUGGAGAUGAUGAUCGCUCGUCUGGACAACCAGCUGAAGAACAAACUCAUCACCCUCAUGGGCCAGAAGACGUCCUUGACCCAGGAGACGGAGCUGCUGGAGUCUCUCCUGCAGGAAGUGGAGCAUCAGCUUCACUCCUGCAGUAAGAGCGAACUGAUCUCCAAGAGCCCAGAGAUCCUGCUCAUGUUCCAGCAGGUCCAUCGGAAACCCAUGCAGUCCUUCGUCACCACGCCGGUCCCCCCAGACUUCACCAGUGAGCUGGUUCCUGCCUACGACUCCAGCACUUUUGUUCUGGUCAACUUCAGCACCCUGAGGCAGCGGGCUGACCCGGUCUACAGCCCUCCUCUGCAGAUAUCUGGACUCUGCUGGAGACUCAAAGUCUACCCAGAUGGAAAUGGGGUUGUUCGUGGAAACUACCUGUCUGUCUUCUUGGAACUGUCCGCUGGACUCCCUGAAACAUCAAAGUACGAGUACCGCGUGGAGAUGGUCCAUCAGGCCUCCAGUGACCCAACCAAGAACAUCAUUCGGGAGUUCGCCUCUGACUUUGAGGUCGGUGAAUGCUGGGGCUACAACCGCUUCUUCAGACUGGACCUUCUGGCCAGCGAGGGCUACCUGAACAUGCAGACGGACACACUGGUCCUCCGCUACCAGGUUCGCUCACCCACCUUCUUUCAGAAGUGCAGAGAUCAGUACUGGUACAUCAGCCAGCUGGAGUCGGCCCAGAGUGGCUACAUCCAGCAGAUCAACAACCUUAAAGAGAGGUUGGCCAUCGAGCUGUUUCGCCGUCAGACGUCACGCAGCUCCUCGCCUCCUGACCUCAGGCUCGCCACGGGCACCACGACCUCCGAAAGAGACCCUCGCUCGGUGAAGAGCGACGAUGACAUCCAGACCACUCUGAGCAACGCUAAAAAGGGAGGAGAAGAAGAAGAGAGGACCCAGCACGAUGACUCUAAUGAGCUGUCGGACGGUGACUUGGAGGUGGACUGCCUCACGGAGGAGGAGGUGAACCCGCUGGACGGCAGCAGCACCUCGGGGAGCUCCACGGCCACCAGCAACACCGAGGAGAACGACAUAGACGAGGAGACCAUGUCAGGAGAGAAUGACGUGGACUUCAUUGGGAACCUGGAGACAGAAGAAGGAGAGCUUCCUGAUGACUUGGCUGGAGCUACAGGGGGCUCCGGCUCCAGCGUGCGUUCCUUACAUCGCAGUGCCGCUGCUGGUCGUAGCGCCGGCGGUAGCGGCGCCACAGCUGGUGGGGCUGUGGGUCCGAGCAGCAACAGCCUCCUGGAGAUCGACCCGGUCAUCCUGAUCCAGCUGCUGGAUCUCAAGGAGCGCAGCAGCGUGGAGUCUCUGUGGGGCCUUCAGCCUCGUCCUCCAGUGUCUCUGCUGCACAGCCAAGCUCAUGCUCACUCCCGUAAAGACCGCGAGCGGCGACCUCAGGUUGUGCGCCGAUCUGCUCCAGACUCAGGGGUCCUGAUCCGCCUCAAGGCUCAGAUGGCUGAGGUCCGCAGCAAGAUGUCUGACGUCAAGAGUCAAGUGCUGGAGGCUCGAGCGAACGGAGAGCCCAGACCCAGCCCAUCGGGGGGCUUCAGCGUGGAGGAGGUGUCGUCUCACCACGCUGAUUCAGAGUUGUCAGCUUGUCGUAAGCCCGGUGAGCUGGACCUGCUGGGGAGAGCAGCUGCGGCUCGGUCCAGGCCCUGCCGCCCUGCCAGGAAGUCUCUGUCCCCGGUCCUGGACAGCAGCGGCUCUCUGGUGGUGAAGAGGAGGAGUCCAGAGGAGAUGGAGAAGGACCUGAGAGAAGCAGACGUGGCCACAGAGCUCAGCCUGCAUCUGAAAGAGGGGCUGGGAGGUGCAGAGGGACUGCUGAAGGCUGACGGCACCCAGGGUCCCGUCGUGUCUCUCGGCGGCUCCUCGUCGGAGAAGGCCUCCACCUCCAAGCUGCAGUACUCGGUGGAGCAGCAGCUGUACGUGGCCUCGGGAUCCAGGGACGACAUCUUCUCCUUGGGAGGGCCGAGCUACAUGACCGCCAGCAAGAACUGUGGCGGCAGGACCCUAGGGGCAACCAUGUUGGACUGUGAAUCUGAGAGCUCAGGAAACUCCCAUCAGUCCUUGCUGGAGGGCUCCUCUGCACAGCCGCAGUCAAAUGAAGAUCAGUCUCCGUCUGUCCUGGUGGCAGCGACGAGCAGCGACAGCGACAGCGAGGAACAGAAGAUCUGUGGAGAGGCGGUCUCGUACUCUCGGCUACGUAGAUUCUUGGGGAUUCACAAGGACAUAAUGGCCAGAGACGACAGUUAA